UCAACCGUCACCCUGAAGUUUCUAGCCGUCCUCCUCGCCGCAGGAAUGCUGGCGUUUCUCGGGGCAAUCGUCUGCAUCAUCGUCAGCGUUCAACCGGGCACCAACGGGGCCCCGCAACAGCUUGCCACCGACAAUGACUCUCUCUCCUCAGUGGCGGGGAUGCAACCUUUCCCGUCGGGGGCUGUGCACGCCGGAGCGGAGGCAGAAGCGGGGCCGCUGGGAGCUCUCCAUGGUACUGAAGGCGGCGGUGGGGACCGCGGUCUGGGGCUGGCUUUGGAAUCAUCGACUUUCACUGGAUUGAGCGGCGGACAGACUCAACAGUUUGCGUUCAGCCGAAUGAUUUGCACUCCCAUCCCGGCCGACAAGUGCAAACCAAACGCAAAAUCGAAUGAGCAGCAAGCCGACGAUCCGUUUCUCUACUCCGGAGAGGAUCAGGGUUAUCUGCGCUCUGCUGCCGACCAGCUGAGACAGACCAUGAUGCUGCAAAAGGAUCAGAUUUUAAGAGACCAGGAGACCAUACGCGAGCUGACCGGGAAGCUAGGCGAGUGCGAGACCGGGCUGGAGGAGCGGAGUGUUGGUGGGAAAGGAGCGGUUCUCUGGGGUCCCCGGAGGGACACCGCCCGCAUGGCCGGGGAUCACGCACCCGAGUCGGGUUCACACUCAUAUUCAGCACGGGCUUUGGAAGAGUUGGAACACGCCAUUCACAACAUGAAAGACCGGAUCGAGAAACUGGAGACAGAUCUGGUGUCCCGGGGGAACAGCACCCCCCCCUCUGGCACCCCCUGGGUACAGGGAGACUCUCUGCAGUGGAAGGUAGAGGACCUCGAAGACCAGCUGCAGCUGAAGAUGAGCCAGCUGGAGAAACAGAGAUCCAAAGUGCUGAAGGAGACAGAGCGCAACAGACAUGAGAUCGACCAGGGAAUGAACUCUCUGCACCACAGAGUCACCGAGCUUGAGCAAGGUCUCCCAGAAUACAACCUCCCAGAAGGAUACAAGCUCUCUUUCCCAGUUCGCACUAACUACAUGUAUGCGCGGGUUCGACGCAGCAUCCCGGAGCUCUACUCCUUCUCAGCAUGCCUGUGGGUGCUCUCACACUCCUCCUCAGGAAUUGGGACCCCCUUCUCCUACUCCGUCCCGGGACAGGCCAACGAGAUCGUGCUGCUGCAGGGCGUCCAUAACCCAGUGGAGCUGCUCAUUAAUGACAAGGUGGCCCAGCUCCCUCUCCAACUGACUGAGUCCCGCUGGCACCACGUGUGUGUCACCUGGACACUGCGGGAUGGGGAGUGGCGUGCCUACCAGGACGGGGAGUUGAGGGGGCACGGAGACAACCUGGCAGCCUGGCACCCCAUCAGAGCAGGGGGUGUCCUGAUCCUGGGGCAGGAGCAGGACACGUUGGGAGGCCGGUUUGAUGCCACCCAGGCUCUGGUGGGGGAGCUGGCCCAGUUUAACCUGUGGGAUCGGGUCCUGACCCCCUCGGAAGUUCGCAGCUUGGCCGAGUGCCAGGAGACAAGCGCUGGCAACGUGGUGCCCUGGGACGACCGGCACAUCGACGUCUACGGAGGGGCUGCCAAGUGGCCAUUCGAAUCCUGCCAGGAGCGACGAGGAAACUGAGACACACAGGAAACACACACACACAGAGAAAGAGACACACACACACACACAUACACACACACAAGCACAGCUUUUACCCAUCACUACAAAAUCAGCCAUUGGGAAUCAUUCAGUGAUACAGCAGUGUAACCUUGACUGCUUUAAAUAGUUUGAAUUGAAAAUGAAUGAACACAUUUUUAAACUAGUGCUCACACACACAGAGGAUUCUCAUAAUCGCGUCUUAAUCUGGAAGGUAAAAACAAAUAGUAUAUCCGAUCAUAGCCAAAUGCAAUCUGAAACAUCUGGGAGUGUCUGAUAAAAGAUGGGUGAAGACUGGUGCCAAAUCGAGGCAGUUAUCGUGUUCACCCGGUACAGACAGACAGUGCACAAUCCCCAUUUUUUUAGUGAGGACCCUAACAAGUUUGAAACAAGAUCUUUAAAAUCUUAGAGGAUAGUCACAGGCACAGUGGGAAAGGCAGUCGUAUGCCAAGGCAUCCCAGAGUGCUGUACAAAGUUAAAAACAAAACAAAAUAGCUCAUGUAUACAAUACAUAACCCAUUAUUAAAAAAAGUAUGUUUUCCAUUUAGGUUUAAAAUAAUCCAGUGUUUCAGCCUGCCUAAUGGUAACUGGAAUAGAGUUCCACAACCGAGGAGCACAACAGCAAAAAACUCCGGCUCCAGCUGUUUUAAGAUGACUUUUUGGAACAAUUAAAAGUUCUGCAUUUUCUGAUCUCAAAGAACAACUAGGAAGAUACAGAGUUAGUAGUUCUUGGAGAUAGAUGGUCCUAAUCCAUGAAAGGCCUAAUAAAGAUAUUACAGCAACUUUAAAAUAAAUUCGGUAGCUCACUGGUAACCAACGUAAGGACCUAAGCACUGGAGUAAUGUGUUGAGAAAGACGAGUAUGAGAAAGCAGUCUUGCAGCUGCGUUCUGAAUAAGCUGAAGCCUUCUGAGUUUAUUAGCAGGUAUACCAGCAAACAAAGAAUGGCAAUAAUCAAGACGAGAAGUUAUAAAAUGCAUGUAUCAACAUCUCUGAAUCACUCACAUCCAAUACAAAUUUUAAUUUCUGAUAACAGAAUUCAUUUGAAAAUCAAAAUUCGCUCUAGUGGAAGGUAAAAUGGAAUUUCCAUCAAAAUUAAUAUUGAUUGGAUUACGUUUCGUCAAAACCCCUUUUAGAAUCAAUUAACAAAACCUCAGUUUCGUCUGGGUUUAUUUUCAACCAGUUUGUAGCCAUCCAUAAUUGGAUCUCAGUUAAACAUUCUAAGUGUAUUUAUUGCCAUGUCUGCAUGCAGAGGAAAUGAUGCACAGAUUUGUGUAUCAUCAGCAUAAAAAUGAAAGUCAAGAUUGUAUUUUCUAAUCAUGUUCCCAAGAGGUAACAUGUAUACACUGAACACAAAGGGUCCACAACAGAGCCCUGAGGAACGCCACACUGUGCAGUACCUAUUUCAGAGGUACUGUUGCCCAGUGAGAUAAAUUGGUGACAAUGAGAUAGGUAGGAAACAAACCAAUCAAUAACUUUCCCAGAAAGACCAACAUGAGACUGCAGCCGAUUUAACAGAAUCUCAUGAUCAAUGGUAUCAAAUGCUGCAGAGAGAUCUAAAAGAAACAAAAAUUUAAAGAAUUCCAGGGUCUGUAGCCAUAUGAAGAUCAUUGCAAACUCUCAAUAAAGUACUAAAGUCUCAGUACUAUGACCAGAACGAAAACCAGGUUGAAAUGUUUCCAGCAAAUCAUUACUGCUGAGAUGGUCAUAAAAUUGGUCAGCAACAACUUUUUCAAUUACUUUUGCCAAAAACGGGCAUGUUGGAAAUAGGACGGUAGUUUCCUAACAUCUCAGGGGAGAGAUCUUGUUUCUUAAGAAGAGGUCUCACCUGCACCAGUUCCAUAUCUAAAGUUAAAGAGGAAUUCACUAUGUUAUUAUUAUUAUUAUUUGUUUAUUUAGCAGGCGCCUUUAUCCAAGACGACUUACAGAGACUAGGGUGUGUGAACUAUGCAUCAGCUGCAGAGUCACUUACAACAACGUCUCACCCGAAAGACGGAGCACAAGGAGGUUAAGUGACUUGCUCAGGGUCACACAAUGAGUCAGUGGCUGAGGUGGGAUUUGAACUGGAGAACUCCUGGUUACAAGCCCUUUUCUUUAACCACUGGACCACACAACCUCCUGUAGCAACUUUACAACACCCAGUUAGUUAAGACAGGACCAAGGACUGAGAUGCACUCAUUGUUAGUUAAGACAGGGCCAAGGACUGAGAUGCACUCCUUAUUGAGCCAAGGGUCUAAACUGUGUGAAGUAGAAUAGAUGAGACUACUUUCUCAAUAUUGUCAUUAGAGACCGUUUUGAAAGUAACCAAUAACUGUCCAGAUUUAAAAUAGCCAGUAGUAGAUGUAAGAUGGGAGGCGAAGCCAAAUCAGCAGGUAGUAACUGUGCUCGAACUGCCUGAAUUGUAUCACUGAAAAAAACAGUAAUUUGUUACACUGAGUAGUGGUGUUUACAUUCUGCAUAGUUACCAAUUUUGGAUUUAGCAAUUUAUCAAUUGUACUAAACAAAGUAGCAGGCCUAUUUUUUUCCAUAAGAAAAGUAGGUUGCUUUAGCUUUAUUCAAAGAAUCCUUACAUGAGAUUUCCAAAUCUCUAGGUCAAUACAGAACCCAGUUAUAAGAACUCUCUGUUUUCUUGUCUAUAGACUAUAACAUGUCCUAAGAUGGAAUAGUAGAGGUCUGGAAAAACUGAUCUAGCAUGGAAGGUGUUGCUUUCUAGUCAGUUAGACAGCAGUCUGGAGAUUUAUUUGACUGGGAGACAGCCUUUAUGAAACCUCAAAGCUUUUCUACAGCUAUGGCGAAAAGUUUUCCAUCACCCAGAAUUUUAGGAUUGAGACAUUAUUUUAUAUAUAUAUGAGCAGAAUUUAGAUAUUUUAUUUAACAUUAUGUAAUCAAAGAAACUAUAAAAUAAUAUUGCAAAAGUCUACCAGAAGCCAUAAUAGUAGUACAGUAGUAUUUCAUGUUAAAUUUCUUAAUGUCACAUAUUUUAAAUCAGUUUUUUGUGAAGUACUGGAAAACGUUACAUUAUUCAACAGGUUUCACUCGACUUUAUGAAGCAAAAUUAGUAUUGGGAGAUGCAAAACUUUUGGUCAUAGCUGUAGUUAAUAUUAUCCAGCUUUUAUAAAUGAGGAAUAAUUUUAAACCUGGCAAUUGACUCUGCCUUACACUUUAGAGAACCCUGUUAUUGCAUUUCUACACAAAGCUGAUUUUGUACUGACGGGUGACAUUUGAAAACAUAUGUUACUGACCAUUAGAGCGAGCCAAGCCAACCAAGGAUCUCUUUAGUUUACUUGUCAAUCAAGUGUACAUUCAAUUAUUAAUUGGGUUUUUUAAACAUGUCACUCAAGGGCACGCAAAUAUAAAAAUGAUACACAGGCACUUCUACAGAUGUGUAGCUGAUCUGGGUCAAUUCCACUUGUAAUUGUGUAAUUCAUAAUUGACUCCAGUUACAACGUAACUGCAAUGUAAUUGUGGUUCAACCUUGACACACCUGCGUAAUUGUAAUUGUACCAUAGAAAUGAUCAAUUACAGUUUAAUUACAUAUUUAUUUGUCCUACUUAGAAUUUCAUCAUUUGUGAUCCACUGAUUAUCACCAUUAUUUUGCAAAAUGACAAAAAAUAUUAUAAAUGAUGUAUUUGUGCCUGUGAUUAAUGCUUGGGUUAUUAAGAAUAUGAGAAUCCGAGUAAACAUGUUAAUGUGUGCAUUGUUACUUUUCAGUAUAAUUGUAAUUACUGCAGCAUAAUUGUACCUGUGUUUGUAAUUGAACAAAAUAGCACUGUAAUUGUAAUUGAACGCAGGUCUGGUGUGUAGUAGAGAGACAGGGCCUGCAGGAACUGCUUAUUGCUUUCAUUGCACUUUAGGUUGAUUGACCAAAAACAUAAUUGGCUCCUUCAUUAUCGAGUAUAUUAAUCGAGCCCUAUCUGAGUUAAAAAGAAAAAAAACUCAACAGGUUUUGUGUCUUGAAUUUUGUUCUGUGUUGGUGUGUGUGUUUGAAAUGGCUUUACAUGUCAUUGUAUUUACUGUUUGUGAUUGAUUCUCAGGUCUGUUGCUCCUCCAGUAAUCAAGUAAACCAGUGACCUUUUAACUCUGCUGGCCUGACCUUACUCAUAAUUACGAUUGGGGUCAGUGGAGCUGAAAGGUAAUUAAUUAGUCAUUUAGAAGACGCUUUUAUCCAAAACGACUUAUAGGGACUGGGUGGUGAACUAUGCUUCAUCAACAACUGCUGCAGCAGAGUCACUUACAAUAUGACCUCGGUUUUACGUCUCAUCCGAGGGGUCAUGUGAUUUGAAUCAGGAAGUACUCAAAAGGAGCCAGAAACUAGUAUUCUACGGGCUCAUUUAAAGUUAAUAUUGGAGUGACAGCGCUUAUCAGAACCACUCAGAAUGCUUGAUACAUCACAAAAGGGUAACGGAAAUGUGAAUCAAUAAAUAAACAGAGAUUUGAAGACACAUACAUUCUUCUUAAACUGUGGUUUUGUAUUAUUAUUAUUAUUAUUAUUAUUAUUAUUAUUAUUAUUAUUAUUAUACAUAUAUACACACAGACACACACCCAGUCUGUGAAGUGCCUGACCGAUUAAAUAACCGUCUUAUUUUAUAACUGACUUUUUAUUUCAACAUUAAAUGUUAAAUAUGGUAUUUGUGGAUAUUAUUAGGACAAAAAAGUACCACUUCAAAUAUUCAACAUAUAGACAUUUUGUAUCUAUCUAUCUGUCUAUCUGUCUAUAGGACGUGAAUCUUCCUCUUAUCUGGGGUGCUGACAUUUUUACUUCCUUAGUGAGGCUGUACACUGACAAUGGUUUACCCCUUACAUAGAUACUUCUUAAAAGCCGAGUACAAGUAUGAGCAUCAGCCCUCCACUACUCACUCUAUCUAGCUAGUCUUUAUCUGUCUGUUGUAAAAAAAAUGUUUGCAUUAUGAGUUUACUCCUAUCAGUGAUCUUUAUGAAUGACAUGCAUGGUGUUGUUUUGAGAUUAGCAGCUGAAACGUGUCGAUUCAAAUCAAAGAUAUUCUGUUCGUGUUCUGGUAAAAAUGUGGUUCUGUUUUUCAGUCAGUGAGUGAGCCGACGUCACUGUUUACUGUCACCGUGUACAAAAGACAAACAGCAGAUUUAUGGAUGCUAUGCCAUUCUCUCUCUCUCUCUAAAAUCUGUGACUUGGUCCUUUAUCUAUAAUAAUAAAAAGAGAAAGCAUGACCAUGGUUAACAUUUUAAGGCGGGGGGUAUCAUUUUCACUGUUUCACUUAUUUGUCAGUUGGCUUUUAUGGAGUUCAAUAUUUAAAAAGAAAUUGCUAGGCUGCAUUGUGGAAGGCAGUGAGUUUGAGUAGCUCAGUGGUUAGAUAAAGAAAGCGCUGGGCUGCAUUGUGGAAGGCAGGGGGUUUGAGGAGCUCAGUGGUUAGAUAAAGAAAGCGCUGAGCUGCAUUGUGGAAGGCAGUGGGUUUGAGGAGCUCAGUGGUUAGAUAAAGAAAGCGCUGAGCUGCAUUGUGGAAGGCAGUGGGUUUGAGGAGCUUAGUGGUUUGUGGAGUGUCUCAAGUGCUUGAAAUAAACAAUUAUUAAAGGGGAAGUGAAAAUGGUACUGCAGUACUUUGGGAAUGACAUUACAUUGAAACCUAUGGUGCUAAAAAGGAGAGAGAGAGAGAGAGAGAGAGAGAGAGAGAGAGAGAGAGAGAGAGAGAGAGAGAGAGAGAGAGAGAGAGAGAGAGAGAGAGAGAGAGAGAGAGAGAGAGAGAGAGAGAGAGAGAGAGACUGUGUAGCUGUGCUGAGUUGCACUGGCUCUUUUUAGAUUAGAUAAUAUUUCCUACUGUACCUGUUCAGGUAUAUUUGCUGUUUUUUCUUUCUGUAAAAACACAAUUGUGUUAAGUCUUGAAUACAAAUAAAAUCUUGACACAUGA